AAGCGGUUUAGUUUACUUUUCCCUCGUAGGCGAGUGUGCCGAUGCGCGCCACGGCAGUGAUCCCUGAUCACAGCAUGGGCCAUCCAUUGCAAGCACAAGCACAUACAAUUCACGAUGUGAUUGCGACUAUUUUUUAGUGCGUCUCGACACUUGAAUCGGAAUGAAGCUGGAAUUGUUUACUUCGGUCGACGGAAUGUGCCGCCGGCGGGCACUCUCUCUUGUUUCAGUUCUACAAAAUCGAGGUAAGUCAAGCUCUUAUCGCCUAGUAUUAUGUUAUUCGAGCUCUGGAAUUCGGCUGUUCACUUGCGGCAGUGACUCCGACUCAGCUCGAUCUGAGUUUUCUGGAGAGAACGCAUACGAAAUUCUGGAAGUUUCACAGACCAGCUCCAGUGAUGAAAUCAAAGCUUCUUUUCGCAAAUUGGCAAAGGAAACUCACCCGGACCUUGCUGAGUCGAGAAAGGAUUCCUCCGCUUCCUUGCGUUUUGUGCAAAUCCUUGCCGCCUAUGAGAUCCUUUCUGAUUCAGAGAAGAGGGCACACUAUGACAGUUUUCUUAUAGCUCAGAGAAGGUUAAUUAAAAAACGCAGUAGCUAUGGGUCAAUAUCAAACGUAUGUAAACCAAAUCAGACAACCUUCAAACAGAUGGAAGUUGUUGAAUGGUUGAAGUCCUAUAGAAUUUUCAUUAACGGGAUAUUAUCAGAAAGGAAAGUUGUUGCGGGUACAGGCUAUUUUGAUGUUCUUGAGAGGGAUUUCUACUCAGCCAUGCAUAUUGCUUUUUAUGGUCCUACGAUUGAAUCUAUGGAGCUUCUUCCUGAUUGUUUUGAAGCUGAGGAGAGGUCAACUUAUGAAACUUCUGAGAUAUUGCACUUAGUUUCAGGACGUGAUCUUUUUGGGAUGGUCUGUUUUGCUGCGGAGGUGCCUAAGGUGGCUUCUGCCACCAGUGGAAAAUCUAUUUCUUCAACUUCUAGGUGUCUACACAUUACUGAAACCAUUGAAAAUGCUCGCAGCUGCGUGAAAUUGACAAGAGAGGAAGAAUACGAACUUCCUCGGGCCUCAAUGGUUUAUGAAUUAGAUGCAUACAAAGAUUUGGAGUUGCAUAUUUGUGGAAAAGUAAUUGCUUGGGCUUCUAGACUUCCUCCAAAGUUUCACAGGGAGAGCACGGAGGAUAAAAACAAUCAAGACCAAAUACAUGUCUUUCUUAGUUCCAAUGAUGAACUCAUACAUAAUAGUGUUGGAUAUUCUGUAGAUUUCUCUUCUGGGGAUGCUGCUGAAACAAGGAUCCCCCUGGGAACUAUUGUUGGUCUGGGUACAACUGAAGAAGAAGAAUCCUGCUCCGUCUACAAUAAAUGUGGCACAAAAACACAUGUGAUAAUGAAACAUCGAACAUUAAUGGUGAAACACAUGCACUGGUAUAGUACAAGAGAAAAUGUUUCUGUCUGUGAGUGUAGAUGCAGUCGAGCACGUUUACCACCAAGCAAGUUUUGGCUAUUUGAGCCUCGCUGUGGCAUGCAUGACACAGGGGGCUGGUAUGUAGAAACAUUUGGUAAAAAUAAGAAAGGCCGAACAGUCCCAUCACAAAGAUUUUGGGAUGGUUUUGAUUAUCAAGAGCAUCAAGAGCGGCUUCAUCCAGCAAUGUAUCUAAUUGCUCUUGCAUACAGAACUCUUGAUAUCCAAGAUGCAAGGAUGAUGAGGAAACAAAGAAUCAGGGAUACUAUUAAGGGCCAACUUUUCAGGUUCCUCAAUUGGUCCAAGAAACUUAUUUAGAUAGAACAUUGGUCCUCUUGAUGUCAAAUAUGCUUCAAUUAUCAGGCGUGAUAAAUGCUACAGAAUCAUUAAUAGGCGUGAUAAAUGCAACAGCAAGAUGGUCGGUUCUUCCAUUACCAAGCACGGGUAAAGACCUCGUAUGGUAUGAGCCAAUCAUCAUUAGCAUUAUAGUAUGGUCGAGAACAACUUUUUGGAAGUACUUUCAACAAUGGCCAAACAUCAUGUACAAUCAUCUUUGAAGUACUUUAAUUGUCUGUAUGGGUUAUAGUUAUAGCAUAUUGUAAAAAAAAUCGUCAAGAUUCCAAUUUCUAAACACAAGGACUAGUUCUUGAAGAGGGAUAUCACCCGCAGACUCUAAAUAAUUUAGGUUUCAAUUGAUAUCAACUAGAUUCUUUAUUUUUUAAUUUUGGAAGUCGGACUUAUAGAAUCUACUUUUGUCGGUGGUUUCUUUGUUU